CUCUCCACUGUGAAGCAGCGCGUCACGAAGACCCCGAGUUGCCUGGAAUUCAAUUAACAACUCCAGAAUAGACUGCCUAACAAGUUAGGGAAAAAUCGAUUGUAUUGAGAUUUUGGACGGUGACUAUCAUCAUUAAGAAUUAUGCGCACUUUGCCGUGACUGGAAUACAGCAUUCUCUGAAAGAAUUUAACAGACGCUUUGCUACCAAGUUUUUGGAGUUACGCAUCACGCACCGUACCGUGGACGGUUAAACCUCACCAGACUUCACCCUUCUCUCGGCAAGUAUGAAAUCAGCUGAAGAAGAUGCGUACAGCUUCCCACCAAAUGCCAGCCUGUCCCUUCCCCUGAGCAGUCCCUGUCACCCCAUCCAGUACCACAGCUUGCAGACCAGCCCCUCCAUCUCUGUCUCAAUCAGUCAGCCCCCCUCCUUCUCUCCUCAUGAAGACAUGGCCUCUGUGGCAUACUACCACUCCUCUGGCAGUGGCCCUAACGGAGCCCCAGCCUUGGAGAGCCCACGCAUAGAGAUCACGGCUUACGGCCAAUUUCCUGACACUGAAGUUGAGGAGAGCAGUGUGCCUGUAGCCAAGCGGGUCAACUCCAUUGUCACCUUGACUCUGCCUAGUGGUGAGGGCUACCGUGACCCCACCUGCCUGAGCCCAGCGAGCAGCGUCUCAUCCCGCAGCUGCCAUUCGGAGGCCUCCUCGUAUGAGUCGGGGUACUCGUGCAAUUACGACAACUCGCCUCAGAACUCGCCGUGGCAGUCGCCCUGCGUCUCGCCCAAAGGCUCCUCGCUAAUGUCUGGAGCGCUCAGUGCCUCGCCCCGCCACUCGCCCACUGGGUCGCCCCGCGCCAGCAUGACUGACGACAGCUGGGCGGGCUCACGCAGCUCGCGCCCCAGCUCCCCCUGUGGUGGGAAGCGGAAGUGCAGCUUCAACGGUGGUGCCUCGCACAAGUUUCGCCCGUGCUCGCCGAACCUGUCGCCAGGGCUUUCGCCGCACACCUCGCCUCGGCUCAGCGUGACGGAUGACACGUGGCUGCCCAACACCAACCAGUACACCAACUCUGCAAUCGUGGCGGCCAUCAACGCCCUCAGUACGGAUGGAAUGUCAGACCUUGGUGAGGGCAUUCCACUGAAGACCAGGAAAACCAGUGUGGACCACAGCGCUUCACUGAGCCUGAAGAUCGAGCCCGGGGGUGAGGACACAGGCUCCGCAGAGCUCUGUCACGAGGAUUAUGCCACUUCACGCCUGCCCUUUAAGAAGGAGAACUACGCCAGCUUCCUUGAUGUACCACAGCAUCCAUUUUGGUCCAAACCAAAGCCCUACAUCAGCCCCUCCCUGCCAGCUCUUGAUUGGCAGCUGCCCUCCAGUUCUGGGCCAUACAGCCUGCAGAUCGAGGUCCAGCCUAAAUCUCACCAUCGUGCCCAUUAUGAGACCGAGGGCAGCAGAGGGGCUGUGAAAGCACUGGCAGGAGGACACCCAGUGGUUCAGCUUCAUGGCUACGUGGAGAGCGAGCCACUGACCCUGCAGCUGUUCAUCGGCACGGCCGACGACCGCCUGCUGCGACCGCACGCCUUCUACCAGGUCCACCGCAUCACGGGCAAGACAGUGUCCACGCCCAGCCACGAGGUCAUGCAGGCCAACACCAAAGUGCUGGAGAUUCCACUCCUGCCUGAGAGUAACAUGAGGGCCAUAAUCGACUGUGCUGGGAUUCUGAAGCUGCGGAACUCUGACAUCGAACUACGGAAAGGCGAGACGGACAUUGGGCGGAAGAACACGCGCGUGAGGAUGGUGUUCCGCGUCCACAUUAACCAACCCAAUGGCAGGACGGUCUCCCUCCAGGCGGCCUCCAAUCCCAUCGAGUGCUCCCAGCGGUCUGCGCAGGAGCUGCCACUGGUGGACCGGCAGAGCAUGGAGAGUGGUAGCACCUCAGGGGGAGACAGGAUGGCUCUCAGUGGACACAACUUCCAACCUGACUCCAAGGUGGUGUUCGUGGAGAAAGCGCAAGAUGGUCAUCACAUAUGGGAGAUGGAAGCCAAGGUUGACAAGGACUCCUUUAAACCAACAAGCCUACUUGUGGAGGUUCCCCCUUAUCGAAACCAAAGGAUAUCAAGCCCAGUUCAGGUGAACUUCUACAUAUGCAAUGGCAAACGGAAGAGGAGCCAAUACCAGCGGUUCACCUAUCUGCCCCCGAAUGUUCCCACCAUAAAGACAGAGCCCCAUGACGACUAUGACCUGCCCCCGGUGUGCGCCCAGCGCCGUCCUCCCCCUCCCAGCCUCACCCUGCCCCCUAAGCCUUUCUACGCCCCACAAGCCCCACCCACCAUGCCAACUCCGGACCACAGGGCAUACGCCACCAGCCCCCAGAGACUUGUGACGAGGCCCUCGCCACUGCCCUGCACCUCCCCUUCUAGAGGCAACCCUAAAGUGCACGACCUCUCCCCCACACACCUCUCCCCGCAGGGCCUGUCGCCAGGCAUCACGGGCAUCAGCCUGGGGCCAAGCACCGCACCUCAUGUGUCGGCCAUCCAGCCCACGCCCGCCCGUUACCAGCAGUCAGUCCUCUACCCGCCAACUGGCGCUUCCUCUCCCCCAGGCUCCCACCCCCCCACUCCAAACUCCACUGCUGAGCUGGUCUUCGCUCCCAGCCACAGCCUGGCUCGGCCUGCGGGUACCGGCCAGGCCCCGGCACUGCCCAAAGCCCCAGCAAGGAGCGGGUCUUCCCCACUUUUGCAGGACGAGGGAGCGCCUGCCCUGCUAUCUGUCAGCAUCAAGCAGGAGCCACAGGAACUGGAUCAAAUAUACUUAGAUGAUGUCAACGAAAUCAUACGGAACGACCUCUCUAGCAUCUCCGUGCAGAGCCAUGCGUAGCAACAAUGGGAGAAAGCGGGGCCAGAGAAGACUUUGGAUCGCAUGUUGAAACUCUCCAAGCAGCACAAAAGCAUGAAUCACCUGACUGCAGUGUCACUGUUCACACAGGAGAGUGAGUUCAAGAGCUGGCAGGGAUUUGCUCACUCAUAAACCAGUCCGAGCUAACUGGCCGAUUGGAAGCCAGCGCAGAAGGAGUACAGAAUAACAACAACGUAUUAUCAAAACAGUGUGUGAAUUCGUGGACCAAGCUUCCUGUACAAUACUCUUCUUUCUCUAUUUCUUCUUCUGCACUUGUGUAGCUCUUUAACUUAUUACCUAAAGUGCAAUUUUUUAAAUAAUUGUUUCAUGUCUAAAUAUGUACUGUUUGCAUAUAUGCCAAGAAGCCUUAAAUCCAGUAGUCUUAUUAUUAGUUGUUUGACAGGAGAUCUUUGGUAAAUAAUCUCGUCUGAAAAGCCAUUCCAUUGCCUAUUUUGUUAUUGUCCAGCUAUGAAACAUUUAACUGGAAUUGCAAUUUCUUGAAGAUUCUAAUAGAGUUGUAUUUAUUGUCUCAACUUGGGCUUGAAUGCAUUGAACACAAGUCAAGAAAAUGAGUACUGCGUGUUGAUAUCUGCAGUCAUUUUAUCUGAUAGUUUAAUUUUUUAUGGACAGGAUAGCAUUACAGUUGUCUUAUCUAUAAUUUUCAAUCAAAAGCAUUUUGUACAGGUUAACCAAGAUCUGAUUGCACAACUUGUACAGUCUUUGUGCCUCUAUGACCCCUUCAGUCGGGCCACUGUGCCUUAUAUGACCAGUUGCUUUUAGCCUUUUAUGCUCAACUGCAUGUUGUCAAAAUUUGCUCAGACAUUGUAUAAUCAUUCUAUCUUUGAUGACAGGAAAAAUAUUUUCUCAUUGUCAUGUGCUUUUUGUUUCCUGACACUCAGUAUUAUCAUAGCUUUCAUGUCAUUGUUUUUGUAGGUUAAAAGUCAUUAGCUAAUGUAUGCACUUUACUUUGUACUUCUACUUACUGAUAUCUUGAAAACUAUUGCAUAUCAUUACUUUUUUUUUUUUCCUGACAGUGAAUUUAUAAAAGCAAUAUGCCAAAGGCUAAUAAAGACACCGGAUAAUGUUUUACUAUCAA